AUGCAUACGAUCGGAACAAACCACCAGAGCAGGACUACGGGGCACCGACUAUCACGCUUCACGCGAUCCAGAGAGAUCCAGAGAGCUUGCAUCAAUCAAUCAAUGGCGUCGCCGUUGUCUGAGAUUCCCGAGGACGUGCUACACCUCAUCAUUGACGGCCUCGUUUCCUCCACUGAUCGGCGUGGCCUCGUCUCCACGGCGUGGUCUGGACUACGCCGGCUCCUCCACUUCUCCGAUGGCUUCGAGGCCGCGCGCCAUGCCCGGCACUCGGCCUCUGCCGAUCGCGCUCGCUUCUGCACCGUGUGUCGUUCGUGGCACUUGGCUAUGAGCAGGCACGUUCCAGCUCCAAGGCAGAUCCCCUGGAUUGUCAUGUCCGAUGGCUCGUUCCUCACACCUUCGGACGCCGGCGGCACCUCGCCCGCGCGCAUCCCCUCCUUGCCCAGGAACGCGAGAUGCGUAGCCUCGGCUGAUAGUUGGCUCCUCCUCGACCGCACGGAUGUCAGGAAGAAGACGCAUAGCUACUUCUUGCAUGAUCCCUUCACCAACACGACUGUGCCGCUCCCAGAGCUUGACGCUGUGAUCGGCCAUGCUUCUGAGCUUUUAGGGGUCCACAAACUACGGAAAGGUGUGUGGUUGCCUAAGCCACAAACUGCUCCCUUCAUCUACAUCGUCGACACUGCAUUUCUUGGAGACAAGCUAUAUGGAAUCACUCACGCCGAGGAUCUUGUCUCUUUUGAUGAGGUCGCCAAUAAUGAGGAACAGAGCAAAGAGGACACCAUAGAGCAACGCCGGAAGAAAACCGGCGAUGACAUGAUUCUUGAAGGCGUUACUGCUUGGUCGAAUGAUGAGGAUGAAGUUAGGGACCAUUGGUACUUAGUCGAGUCAUGUGGAAAACUAUUAAUGGUGAUACGACAAGUUCGAGUGCCCUCCUAUAAUAUCAGCUUCACUCUCAAGGUAGAGGUUUAUGAGGCGGAUGCCUGCAAAGGUGCCCACUGCUGGGUGCCGAUUGUUGGUGGGCUAGGCAGCCAAACGCUUUUCAUCAGCAGAUUCUUCUGCAAGUCUAUUUCAACUUGUGAUGAGGCGGACCAAGAUGCUAUUCAUUUUAUCGACACGGGGGAGAAAUACAACAUGAAGUCACAAACUAUGAGCAAGACACGGAGGGACAUUGAAUACUUUGAGUCCAUGUGGAUCUUUUCUCCCGAGCUAGUGGUUUAA